AUGUACACGAAAAUCCUCCUGAUUUCCGCCGUCGUGCUGGCCGUCAGCGCCCAGUUCAACCAGAAUUUGCCCUGCGGAUUUACCUGCUCCCGCAACACCCAAUUCCUCGCCCAGGUCGACGGGUCUAGCGGCAGUGUGGCCUGCUCGGAUGGCCCGAUCCAGACCAGGUGCUCCGGUUGCUGCCAGGCCCGCGCUCUUCAGGCUGGACUGUCUUCGGAUCAAGCCUCCGGUUUUGCCUCCUCCGACAACCGCGCCUGCGUCUGCUGCUUCCAGAAUAACCGUUGCAGCGGUGGUGGCCCGAUCCCGACUUUCACUCAAGGU